GAAGCGAGAGUAAGUUUUAGGCAUUUUAUAAUAAGUGCUUAAUCCUACUCUACAUGUAUGGCAUAGUGAGGCUACAGCAUCAUACAGCAGAAAUGACUGUCAAAGAGUUGGGAGGGGUCUCUGCUCUCUGACUGGCAUAAGACCCCCGCUUCUCCCAGAGGCGGGCCGCGGACGCUGGACGAUGGCGUCUUCAUAAAAACAUGAACACAGACCACAAAGGUGCGCACUGAGUGACCAGAAAAGGAACAGAAAAGAGAGGAGACGGCCUCCUGCAGCACUAUUCAGAAGUCAUGGAAGGAUUGCUAUCAGACAGCCAACCUUUCCUACCAAAGCAUUCAGCAACCAGAAGGAAAGAUGAGAUGAAUCAUGAUGAGACACUACAGAGCGAGGAAGAAACCACCGAUCAGGACCAAGAUACAAUGACGAGAGAGGGUCUGGACAGAAGGAACGUCUGGGAGCCGAGUGUUUACUACGCCCUGGGAAAGGAGUCGUUUUAUUUUGUUGGACAGGAAAUCAACAUCCGAGAGUCAACGGACUCAUACGGAGCUCUGAUUUGGCCUGGGGCCAUAGCACUGAGUCAGUUCUUAGAGAACAACCAGCAACAGAUGAACCUGAUGGACAAAGCCGUGCUGGAGCUCGGAGCUGGAACUGGUUUGCUCUCCAUAGUGGCAAGUUUGUUAGGUGCUUGGGUGACGGCUACUGAUCUACCAGACAUACUGUCUAAUCUGUCCUUCAACCUCCGGCGGAACACCAAGGGCCGUUCCCGCUACAUCCCCCAGGCGGCCGCCCUCUCCUGGGGUCAAGGCCUGGAACGAGACUUCCCCUUCCCGUCCUACGACUACGUGCUUGCGGCUGAUGUGGUGUAUCACCACGACUUCCUGGAGGAGCUGCUGAACACCAUGCUUCACUUCUGCAGACCGGGCAGAGGGACCACCCUGCUUUGGGCCAACAAAGUUCGAUUCCAGUCGGACCUGAGCUUCACAGAGCGCUUUAAGAGCACUUUUAACACGACGCUGCUCGCCGAGGUGCCGCAGGAGAACGUGUGGAUAUACAAGGCCACAGCGAAGGAGUGAACCCGUGAGAUUCUACGUUACAAGAUUCCUGUGUUUAAGCUAUGUUUUCUUUUGAUGACCUAAAUCAGUGAAAGAAAAAAGGUUGGUUUGCAUUUGCCAAGUAAGGUCACGUAAAAUCAAACAAUGAAAGAAAGCAAAUACUUUCCAAACGCCGAUCCAGUUUAGAACUGCGUGACAUUCCUUGACUGGGGUACAGACAAAAGCAAAGUUCCUGACACAUGUUUUACAUGAAUAAACUAUUUUAUUGGAAUCUUUUUAAA